AUGCAUUAUCCAGACACGUCCUUUCACCAUGGGUUGCCAGAAACAGUCAAACCUGUGAACUAUGAUGUUCGCAUCUUCAACAUUGACGUUGCCAAGAAGACGUUUCACGGACUUUGUAAGAUUGAUUUCCAUGUUCAGGAAACCGCUAAGUCUGUGAUCCUGAACCAAAAACUGUUGCAAAUAGGCCAAGCUGCUGCGAGCGCCAACGACAAGCCCAUUGCUGUCUUGGAAACCGUUGCCAACAACAAAGAUGAAACUGUGGAGUUCAAAUUUGCAGAGCCGUUGAAAACCGGUCCGUUGAGUCUUUCCAUUGAGUAUACUGGCCCAAUUCGCACGGAUAUGGGCGGUUUCUACGACUCGAGCUAUAGGGACGGUGGCGAGCUGCACACCCUGCUGUGCACGCAGUUUGAGUCGACAGACGCACGGUCUGCGUUCCCUUGUAGCGACGAGCCUGCAUUCAAGGCAACUUUCAGACUAAGUUUGACAGUUGACAGUCAGUUCGACGCGCUUUCUAAUAUGCCAGUCGACAAAGUCGAGCCACACGGCCUGACGAAGACGGUCACGUUCUUGCCCUCGCCGAAGAUGUCCACCUACCUGGUAGCCUGGUGUAUUGGCAAGUUUGAGUACGUGGAGUCCAAUUCGAAGGGAUUGCCAAUCCGCGUUUACACAGUCCCUGGGCAAUCAGAGAAUGGCAAGUAUGCGCUGUCGGUGGCGGAAAAAGCUGUUUCUUAUCUUUCCAAGGUGUUUGACAUUGCGUAUCCGCUGCCGAAGCUGGACCUGAUUGCGGUGCCUGCCUUUGGAGCCAACGCAAUGGAAAACUGGGGUCUUGUCGUUUUCCGAGCCACUGCGCUGCUGUUUGACCCAGCCAAAUCGGAUCUGGCGUACAAGUCCAAGGUGGCAUACGUUGUUUCGCACGAGGUGGCCCAUUCGUGGUUUGGCAAUUAUUGCACAAUGAAUUGGUGGUCAGAUCUCUGGCUCAACGAGUCGUUUGCAACCUAUAUUGGCUGGCUCUGCGUCGACAACAUGCAUCCAGAGUGGGACGUGUUCACAGAUUUUGUGUCGUCUUCUGUCCAGGCGGCCUUGGAUCUGGACUCUCUGUCCAGCUCGCAUCCUGUGGAGGUCCAAGUUCUUAACGGACGCGACAUCGACCAGAUCUUCGAUUAUAUUUCGUAUCUGAAGGGAGGUUCCGUUGUGCGCAUGGUUGCUGAGAGUGUAGGAGUUGAUUUGUUCCUGAGCGGUGUGUCUAAGUAUUUGAAAGAGCACAGUUUUGGAAACGCGCGCUCCGACGAUCUCUGGGAUGCCGUCAGCGCCACUACCGGCAAGGAUAUUACGGGGCUGGUUUCUCCUUGGAUAAGAGCCGUUGGUUUCCCCUAUCUUCACGCCAAAAUAGCAGGCGACCAGGUAGAAAUCACGCAGCAGAGGUUCCUGCUUUCUGGGAAGACGGACGAGACAGUUUGGUGGAUACCCGAGCUCAAUAUGACGGAGAAAAGCAGGACAGUUCCUCUGGAGCAGUUCAGCAAGCUCAACAAAUCCACCACUGGAUUCUAUCGUGUUGUCUAUGAUCCAUCGCUCUUCGACCGCAUUUUUGUUGAUUUGAACGCCAGAGACAAAAUCGGACUCGUGGCAGAUACCUUUGCCGCAGCACAAGCUGGCCUCAGCUCCACGAAGGCUUGCCUGGAGCUCGUGGAGCGGUUCAAACACGAAGAAGAGUACUCCGUCUGGGCGGAGAUAGCCAAACGGCUGGGUGCGCUGAAGAGACUCUAUUUUGGCUCGCCAAAGCUGGACACUCUGGUCAGUUUUAGCAAGAAGGUGUACGAGCCGAUUCUGAGGAAACUGAUGGAGAAAAAAGAGCUCAGCUUUCAAGAAUCCAACUUGCGCUCGCUGGUGUUUGAGCAAUGCGGACUAUCCCAGUCCUCCCUUGCCUUGGAGUACGCUCGCUCCACCACAGACCCUUCGUUGCGCCGCGCCAAACUCACCACUCUAAUGGCGUCCAAAGAAUGCACCCGCGGAGAGCUUUUGCAGGCGAUCGAGGAGGUGAAAAAGCCGUCCUCCGUGGACGCGCGCGAGAUCGCACUCUGUGCUCUCGGAUCCGUGAGCAACAGGGCGUAUCUGGACGAUAUCUUUGCCCUCUUUUUCACCGAGCAUCUUCCGGAGAUGGACUACAUCUUUCUUUGCGGCUCGCUAUGUUCGAACCCCGUUGCCCAAGAACCGUUCUGGAACUUCUUCAAGGCCAAUUUCGAGCGCUUCCACAAAGAGACGUCGACGUGGACUCUGGACAGAGUGCUCAGAAACUUUCUGCCGAACUUUGGCUCCGAAACACUCUACGCCGAUGCCAAGACCUUUUUUGCCGGGAAAGACCUAACCGGCUUCGACAAGGGAGUGGGCCAGUCGCUGGAGGCCAUCGAAGUCAACGUGAAAUGGGCCAGACAGAGUGACCUGUAG